GAGAAGUAAAAAUGAAAAUUGAAAAUAAGUUAACUUGAGCGAUAUAAAAUAUUGUUUAAAUGUAAAAGGCUGAAAGAUGAUGUUUAUCCAGUUGAUAAUUGAAAUAGAAAGUUACCCCAAAAUUGGAUUAAUGUGUAUAAUAGUGAUUUGAUGUGAAAAGAGUCGUAUUUAAAUUACCACUUAAACUGAUCCUCAGUUAAUCCGAUGAAAGAAGGCAAAAAUGAACAAAAGUAAAUACACUUUUUUUUGUUGUUGUCGCUCUCUAUGAUAACUUUUAACACAACAAAAUGUCAUCACAUCCUCAUCUUCAUCUAUAUCAUGUCUAUCAUCAUCUAUAUCAUCAUCUUUUGUCCUCCAAAAAGUACAACAUAAUAUCAUCAAAAAUAAAAGUGAAAACCUCAUCAUCAUCUUGAGAUUUUUGGUGUAAAUCAAAGGUUUUUUUAGCUUUCAAAAUAAAACGGACAAUCAACCAAACCAUUGAGAUUUUCAAUCAUCCUCAUCAUCACCAUCAUCGUUAUCUUCAUCAUCAAUAUAAUCACAAUCAUCUACAAAAAGGUUGAGACAAAAAGCUUUCAAUUUUUAGGUUCACUUUCAUCAAUCCUGGGUUGAGUGAUGAACGCCAAUUGAGCAACACAUUGACAAUACUUACAAGAUCCUUUUCAUCUUCCUUUUUUCAUCUUCUUCAUCUUUUCGUCUUCCUUCUUCCUCUUCUGUUUAAAUUUAUUUGUGUUGAUAUUUUUGGAAACGGUUGGUUCCUUUUUUUCAAUCACCUGGAGCUUCAAUUGUCCCCCAGUAACGGUAACUAAGGUUAACUUCAUUUUUGUUUUACCCGCCUUUCCACUUGACCAGUUUUUCCCUCAACAUUUCAGCUUCUAUUUAUCUUACAAUAAUUUACUGAUAAUCAACUUAUUUAAUAACUUUUUAAUAUAUGUUUAAUAUUAUUAAUAUCAUGAUAAUUAUGCUGUUGACAUAAAUUUAGUAAAGAAAACUCUUUAUUUUCAUUUCUCUCUUUCUCUUCUAAAUCCUUUCCUUUCUCUAUCCUUUGCGCUCCUUUUGUGUUAAUGGUACUGUUGUUUUUAUAGUCAAACUAAACGUUUUUGCUGUUGUUGUUGAUUAUAUUAUAUUAUAAAGAUUAUCAACUCUUUUUUCCUGUUCAAUAUUUUUCCUCUCCAUUUAAAUAUUACAUUUCAAUUGUUGUUGUUGGCGUUGCUAUUUUCAAUACUUGUAGUCACCUCAAAAAUUAUAAGAGAAGGGCAUUUGUCUUCAUUCAAAGUUGAGGAGAUAAUUGUUAGUAAUUAAACGGGAAUUUCAUCUGGUUUUAACCUUGUAACAAAAAACGCGCCUCCAUUCAAUGAGAAUCACUCAAAGUAAACAAACUGCGAAAAGGUCCAAAUGUAAACAAGAAAGUUUUCACUGGAAUUGCAAGGCAUGUCUGGAUGCGUGGUGAAAUCAAAAAACAUUGAGCAAGAUGAUUGUGAUGAUUUUGAUAUGAAUGGCCCUCAAGAAUAGCGGUUGACAUUAUUAAUGGUUUUAAACAUCAAAUAUUGGUGUUUAAAAAAGUGGAACUGACAAAUGAGAAUUAAAACGAAUGGCAAUGAAGGUAAACAAAGAUGCUGGCCUUAAUAUAUUCAUAAUUGAUUUGGAAUUGAAAUCUGUAUUGGGAUCUUUACUUGAAUAUUGCAGAUUGAUAAAUGACCUUUACCAGCAAUUAGUAUUUUAAUAAUGUGCUCUAACCAAUGGACAUGAAAUGUGUUUCCUGCCACUCGUUUGGAUCCACUUUAUAGACACGCGUUCACAGUUUAAUAACCGUUUAUUAUUGAGAUAAUCAAGUUACAAAUAAUAUACAUGAGUGUAUAAGUUGCAUUAUUGUAUUUCCUUCAAAUUAUUACUUCAAAGGUAACUCUAUUUCUGUUUUUUUUCAUUGACUUAUGCAUUCAAUUAGAAACAUAUUGUCCAAAAGUAAUCUGUGAAAAUCAAUUGGUCAUACAAUGAUUGAAUUUUGUAUUGUAAUCAAAUUGAAAUGGGCAAAACUGUUGAAUGGCUACUCAAUUGUAAUUUAAUGACUUCUCUUGGUUGAUUCAAAUAUGAUGUAAUGGUAAUUAUUUCAGUGUAAUUCUAUUGUUGCAAUAAUAUUAUUUUUAUAACUUAUCGAGCUUGAAUCUUGCCUUCAUCUGGUAUUGUCUUCAAUUUUGUACGAAAAGAAAAACCAGUUUUGUCGAUUCUCUCCUCUUUUUAACUAACUUAUUGAUUCCACUUUACUCAAUUUAUUUAAAUUGUUAACCUUUUUGCUUUUUGUUUUCAACUUUUCAAGUACACUUAAGAUGUGCAGAAUCACAAUUCACCUAUUAUCACUUUUUUUCUGACAAAUGAAGAUGAAAUUCAAUAAAAUGUUGAUGGCUCAUUUCAAGUUUCACUAUUGAUUCAAGUCUUUUAGGCAAUCAUUAUGAACAUCGUUUCAGAAAUUUAUUAUCUUUUCUCACCUCAACACUAAUUUUUGCUUUAACCAGUUUAAUGUUUCCAAUUUGCCAUUUCUUUGAAACUAAUAUUGUCUGAUAAAUUAAUUUUACUUUUCUAAUAAUCCGAUAACUGUGAUUUUAGAUGGGCCAUUUAUUUAACUUAAUCAAGCUAAUAAUUACUGUUGUUAAAAUCUGUUAAUGUUUGGUACAUCAGUAACACUAUUUGUUAGCUGAAUUAGAAGGUUAAACCUAAAAUUUCUGUCUAUGUUCACUUUUUAAACAUUUGUUUAAAUCUGUUUCUAUUUCUUCUUAUUUAUAUUAUUGUGUUAUCAUGGGUUCAUCCAAAAUCUCUUCGCCAUCAUUGUAUGACCAAAAUGAAAUAGCUAUACAAGCCACCAACAUUAAAGUGUCCAUCAAACAAUCAUGGAAACAAAUUAAUAUUCUUAAUGGUUUAACUCUUACAGUUCCAAAAGGUUGUAUUUAUGGUCUCAUUGGUCCUUCUGGAUGUGGCAAGACAACAUUUCAAAGAUGCAUUUUAGGACAACAUCGGAUAAGCUCUGGCCAUCUUCAAGUAAUGGGACACUCUCUCAGCAAACCUGUUGGUGACAGUAUUGAUGUUAAAAAGCGCAAGGAACUACGAUCCGAUUUUUUAGGUCCAAUUAUUGGUUAUAUGCCUCAAGACAUUGCUUUAGACGCUGAGUUAACCAUUGAUGAAAUGUUAAUCUUUUUUGGUCAACUAUACGGUUUAUCAAAAGCUGAAAUAACCAAUCAAGUGGAUAAAUUAGUGCACAUAUUGAACAUUUCAUCUUUUCAUCGAUCACUCAAAAUUUCUCAGCUGAGUUUAGGAACUCAAAGAAGAGUUUCCUUAAUCUGUUCUCUUCUACAUUCACCUGAUUUGUUGUUGCUCGAUGAACCAACUGUUGGCUCUGAUCCAGUGGUAGUGGACAAAAUAUGGGCCCAUUUAUUGCAUCUACGAUCUGAUUGUAAAAUAACGAUUGUGCUAGCCACUCAUUAUUUAGAAGAGGUGAACAAAGCUGAUUAUUUUGCUUUCGUAAGCUCUGGUAAAGUGAUAAUUGAAGAAAGACCAGAACAAUUUAAAAAGAAACAAAAUGAAAACUCACUUGAAGCAGCUAUUCUAUCGUUUUACAUGACAAAAGAAAUAAAAGAUCACAUUGGAAAAGAUUUAAAGAAGUAUUACAUUAUUGAUGGAAUUGAUCAAACACCAGAAGAGCCAAAGAACAACAAUAAUCAUUCUAAUCAUACAAUUUUUAACCAAAACCUAAUGCCAUCCUCAUCUAAAGUAACACGGAAUCGAUUGUCGUAUCUAAAGGCUUAUAAGCUUCUGACUUGGAGAUAUUGGUGCAGAUGGAAAGCCUUUACUUUGUAUCAAUUCAUAGGUGUUGGCUUUUUAUUGGUAGUCGUUUUGUUCACACUGGGUCGUUUAUUUGGACACUUUCCGUUGGGUUUGAAAAUUGGAGUUGUUAAUCAUGAUAAAACUGGAAAUUUAAGUCAACUGUACUUGGCAUCAAUUACCAAUCACACCAAUUAUUGGCAAACUGUGACUUUCCAAUUUGAAGGCGAUGCUCGUGUUCAACUUGAGAUGAAUAGAUUGUCAGCGUUUUUCAUUAUCGGAGAAGAUUUUAGUGAGACUUUUGAGCAUUUCUCAUCUUAUGGUGGACUCAAUUUGAAUGGUAUUGAUGAUUUUCAGCAUAAAGGAUUAACGUUAAUACUUGACAUUUCUAAUCGUUUUGUUGCCGAUGCAAUAGAAAUUGUUGCUCUUCGCUCGCUGAUCAACCUUCAAUCCUCCACAUCAUUAAUGUCCGAAUCGUCAACAAUCUCACCAUCAACCGAUCUUUCACCUUCAAUAUUAUCAGAAAAAUUUAAAAUUGCUGGACUAAUUGCUAUUGAACCAAUUUAUAGUUGGUCAAAAUUAGAUGAGUUGAAAUAUUUAGCUCCAACAAAAUUCGUUCUUGUCAAGUUUUUGUUCCAUGUUUCAGAAUCUUUUUCUAUGAUUCUGGUAAUGUUAAUUGAAGUCUAUGAACAUCGUUGUUUAGUAAAUGAACGUCUUGCAGCUGGUGGGCUACAUAGAUGGGAACUAAUUACUUCACUGAUUGUACUCUCAACCGGAUUGCUUUACCCAACUUACCUUUGCUCAUUUGGUUUUAUAAAUUUUUUUGUUGAUGUACCGGCCAAUGGAGGAGUUGCUUUCAUCCUUAUUUUGACACUCGCAAUGAUUUUGUGUGGCAUAAUUAAAGGACUGUUUAUUGGAUCCUUAACAUCAUCACCAAUCUAUGCCGUGUUUCUUCAAUGUGCUUACGGGUUUACUGGACUAUUUUGUGGAGGCGUUAUAUGGCCAAAUGAAUCUUUGCCAUACUUUAUCAAACCAAUACAAAUGGUAUAUCCAUAUACCCAUUCUGGAGAGUCAGCUGUUCAAUCAAUGAUUUAUGGUCGAUCCUUGGCUGAUUAUAGAGUUUACCAAGGAUUAAUUAUUGCCUGGUUACAUGUCUUUACCACUUUAACUCUAACAAUGUAUUGGUCAAGAAAUUGGAAAUUGGCUUCACAUUAAUGUUUAGUAAGAGUUGAAUUGAAUCAGCAAAGUAAAAGAUUGAAAAUGGCGGUUAAAAUAGUUGCCAGAGCUACUUCAAGAUAUGGAAAGUUCCCGCUGGAAACGCAACGUUAGUUUCAACUUGAAAGUUUCGAGUUUAAACUUUUAAUUUAUUAAACUUUAGAUAAUUACAAUUAGCAAACUUAUUCUAUUGCUCUAAUUUCAAAAGUAUUCGAAUUAUCAUUGGUAUCUUGACAGCUCUUAAUCCCAAAAUUCCAGCUCUCUCUUCACUCUACAGUAUUUGAAUAUCUAUUAGAUAUUAGCUACGAUAGAUGGAGAAUUUCAGUUUUCCCGGUAAAAUGCGAAAUUUAUUUAUUGCUACAAGAGACAAUACGGCCAUUACUGAUCACAUUUUCGUUACUGAGCAGAAUUCAAACCUAGUUUUCAUUCUCAGUCUCAAUCUUUGUAAAUACAAAUAGAUCCAAAUUUAAAAUGAAAACCAUGAAAUAAAAUCCUUUAACUCACAA